AUGCAACGAGACGAAGUGCUGGGUCAGGCAAAAGAUCGUAUCGAAGAGCUGGAAACGGCGAUCCAUAACUGCGAACAAUUCGAUAGCUCACUGGCCGAAUGUCAGGCCUGGUGUAAUCACGUACAGCUGAUUCUGUCUUGCAGAGCAGCUAACGAUGUAUCAGCGCUGGAUGUGCCACACGAGUAUAAAGUAAGUCUUCAGAUUUUGGAGGAUUUGUAA